AUAAACUGAUAAUGCAUUGGGAGCCCUUUCUCGUUGUUUUGUUGAUCUUCAUAAUAAAUGAAGGUGCAUCAUUCUCAGAGAAGAUUGACGAUGACAAUGGAGUACUUACGAGUGCCCUCAAUGACGAAUUUAAGUUUAAGUUUAAAAGGGAUAGAGAAAAAAGGCGUAUCCUAGACUAUCGUCAGCAAGAAGCUAGCGAUCAUGGUGGUGGCUAUAGUGGCCAUAACUUAAACAUUCCCGACUGGCAGAACGGACUGGAACGAAUUCAGGAUAGCCAAGCUCGAUAUCAUCAAUACAUAGACCAUGAUGAGUUCAAAAAGAGGAAUAAACAGGGGAAGCCUCCCAAGCAACAGUAGAAGUUUUCCAAAGAGCCGAGGACGAAGUGGCAGACUUGUUACAGUUUCUUUUAAUUGCUUAAAAGAGAAACAAGAAUGUAAUUGGAAAUAUCUUAAAUAAAUUUUAUUCUGUCGGCAAA